AUGACCUUCUUCAGCGGCAUCUUCGGCGCCUCCUCGCCUGGCCAAGUCAAAGCGUCGCAAGCAGGCACUCGAGUCGAGGCCUUCCCACGCCUUUCCUCCCGUCAAGCUCCUCCUGCUCCAGCAAAUGCGACCGAAUACACGCACAUCAUUCUGGGAGCUGGCACCAGCGGCUCAGUUCUGGCAUCAAGACUGUCGGAGAAUCCCGAUAACAAGAUCCUGGUACUGAAUCACGGGCCGCGCGUCGAUGAUGUCCUUUCCCGGCUACCGCUCUUUAGCAUCGUUCGAAGCUACGAUCCAAAGUACGCGUUUAUUAGGUACACUACGCCUCAAAGUGGUCUGGGUGGGAGAAGCGUACGAAUGCUGUCAGGAAAGUGCGUAUCCUCGCCGCGCUGUAGACCAUUCAGGCACUUCUAACACGCCCUCCUCCUCUCACCUGCAGGGUCGUUGGAGGCUCGAGGUGAGACCCGAGCAGCCACCAGGGGGACGACAAUGCUGACGACAUGCGAUGCCUCGCAGCGCCAUCAAUGCUUCCAUCUACACGCUUGGCCCACACGCCGAGCUAAACGCAUGGGCGGAAAAGCUGCAGGCUCCAAGCUGGUCAGCUUCCGCUUUGGAAUCUGUCCUCAGACUUCCCAAGCAUCGCAUCGGCUGGUCGAGGACCGAGACGGCGACUGCGCCUCCUGCGCGCGACCCCAACGGUGCAAAAGCUGCGAAAGGUCUGCAAAGCUCGUCGACAGAGCCCGUCGGCCCAUGGGAGACGUAUCACCCUCGUCAGCACAAGUUCGAGCAGACCGCUCUCAUCCUCCAAGAGCUGGACAGCAUGGGCAUCAAGACCGUCGUCGACUCCCACAGCCCUGCUUCCUCGAGCAAAGGCCCCAUCGGAACGGCGAGCUUUACGCUUCAGGCCUCGCACGCUAGCGACGGCACCAAGUGUCACGCUGGCAAUGCUUUUCUGACCAAUGCUGUGCUCUCGAGGCCAAACCUAACAGUGAGUGUGUCUCUGCAAAGCGCAGUGUGCGACACUGACAUGUGCGCACGAACAGCUUUGCACAAACGUCAAUGUGCUGCGUCUGCAACUCGGCAAAGGGAGCAGCGGCAACCGAUCCGCCAAAGGCGUCUGGUUCGAGGAGCUGCGAAGCGCAAAAGCAAAUGCGGACUCCAACGCCGCGUAUUACGCAGCUUCGAAUUCGGUCAUCGUGUGUCAGGGAGUCUACGAUACGCCGAUGCUGCUUCAUCAUAGCGGCAUUGGUCCUCCAAAUCUUCUCAAAUCGCUCGACAUUCCUGUGCGCCUCUCGCUGCCUCAGGUCGGCGCCAACCUGCAGGACCACGUCGCCGUACCGCUGCACUUUUUGGUGCCGCGGGAAAAGUCUGGAUUAAAGACGGUCGAAGGUGCCUCAGCUCUGGUGUACGGCAUUCGCAACGCGUGGGACUACUUUCGGCACGGCAAGGGCCUAUUCACGAGCACUGGUUUCAUGGAAAGCGCUGCGUGGUUCAACACGCAGGACGUUGGUCACGAUGAAAGCGGAGACAUCAUCGUCAAAUGUUCAGACCCGUACCGUGUGGUGAGCGCGUUUCGAGAUGCAACACACGUGUCUCCUCGCUCAAGGCUUCUCCACGUCCGCAGGCCGACAUCGAGUUGAUGUUCUCGACGUACUACAUCGACGAUUCUUUUCCAAGAUAUGCGGGGCUGGAAGAUGGACUGGGUGUGAUCGGAGUCCUUGUCGUGCUCGCUCAGCCAAAGGCCGCUGGAUCGGUGCGCCCAGCAAGUGCAGACCCAAGAGACGUCCCUUUGAUCGAUCCUGCGUAUCUGUCAGAUCCCGACGACUUGAAACGUCUGGCUCUUGCGACAAAAGUCGCUUUGCAAGUCGUCAGGCGUCUAAAGCAGACUGGUUUCGAGGUGUCUCCAGCUAGUAUACCCGGGAGAGAUGGGAUGACUGGCAGGUGGUGUUUUGACGGACCAACAGAUUUCAACGCAUUUCCUCAUCCAGAGGAAAUACCACAAUCCGUGAGUGCGCAUCGCAGUCCGCUCUGCUCGCCAAUGUUGAGCAUGUUCGAACAACCCCGUCACAGGUCUACGAGUCGUGGAUCAGGGCGAAUGCUAGACCAAUCUACCACGGAACCUCCACCAUGGCUCUGCGCUCCCCCAACGACACUCCCAUUGAUGCGCAACAAUUUACCCUCAAAGGCGUCGAUGGCUUGCGCGUCUGCGAUGCAAGCAUCUUCCCAAACGUUCCAAGCACGCACCCUCAAAGCUGGAUCUUCGCACUGGCGGAGAGGCUCGCCAGAAGGAUGAGCGAGUAA